AUGGAGAGUAAGCCAGCAGUGAACGGCCAUGAUGCCCCCAUAUAUCACCAGGAAGCAAACCACUUGGACCAGGACGUGUUGCCUUGCAAACAGAAAAAAGCAGCUGACAGGGAUGUGACGGUGAUGGAUGCUUCAGGUGAGCCCUUGGAGGCAGCUGGCAGCAUUGCUGGAGUGUAUGUAGAGGCUUCAAAGAAGACAAUGAGCUUUUAUGAUGCCACCAGAGAGCACCUCCUGAGUCUGGAUUCAGCACUUUGUCUUCUUGAGGCCCAGGCAGCCAUGGGCUUCAUCACUGACCCGGUGAAGAACAGGCAUGUCUCUGUAGCAGAAGCUGUGCAGCAGGGGCUGGUGGGGCUGGAGCUGAAGGAGAGGCUGCUCUCUGCAGAGCAAGCUGCUACUGGCUUUGUGGACCCCUACACAGAAGAGAAAAUCUCCCUCUACCAGGCAAUCCAGAAGGAUCUGAUCGGGAGGGAGCAAGGUACUCGGCUGCUAGAGGCCCAGAUUGCAACCGGAGGCAUCAUUGACCCAGCCACUGGCUGCCGGCUCCCAGCAGAUGUUGCCUGUGAGAGGGGAUUUUUAGAUGAAGAAAUGAGCCAGCUCCUCUCUGACCCCAGCAAUGAGGACAGCAAAGGGUUCCUCAACCCCAGUACUAUGGAGAGAGUCACUUAUAUGGAGCUUAUGAAGAGAAGUGUUGUUGAUCCAGCCUCAGGCCUCCUCCUCUUGCCCCUGCAAAUCACGUUCCCAGGGCUGGGAGGGAGGGUGAGCAGCAGGGAUCUGCUGGACUCUGGCAUCAUCGGCCCUGACAUGUUCAGAAGUCUUGAGGAGGGAAGAGUUUCUGCCCAGGAAGUAGCAGAGAAUGACUCCGUUCAGCAGUUCCUGCAUGGGACAAGGAGUGUGACUGGUGUCGUCCUGCCUUCUGGUGAGAGGAAAAGUCUUUACCAGGCACUGAGAGAGCAUCUCCUCAUGCCUGGUGCUGCUCUGAUGCUACUGCAAGUCCAGGCCUCCACUGGCAGCCUGACAGACCCCAUAAAGAACAAAAGCUACUCAGUUGAUGAGGCUGUCAGGGUCGGUCUCAUCGGCCCAGAGCUUCAUGAGAAACUGUCUUCAGCUGAGAGGACCAUCACUGGAUACAGGGACCCCUACACUGGAGAAAUGCUCUCUCUGUUCCAAGCCAUCAGGAAGGGCUUCAUCCCCAAGGACCAUGGCAUUUUCCUUCUGGAAGCUCAGAUGGCCACAGGGGGUAUAAUUGCUCCAGGCAGGCACCUCCGUGUCCCCACAGAGACAGCUUGCAAGUGGGGGUACCUGGACGAGGCCACAAGACAGCUCCUCUCCAGUCCUACUGAUGACAUGAAAGGGUUCUUUGACCCCAGCUUCAAGGAGAAGCUGAUCUACGCAGACCUUCUCAAGCGCUGUGUCACUGAUCCCAGCACGGGGCUCCUUCUGCUGCCACUUGAUGGAGACAGCAAAGAAGGAUCUGAGGGAACCCACCUGUUCUUUGACCAUAGGACCCAAGCAGCUCUGGAAAACACACAGGUACCCAUUGCUUUAGGUAAAUUCAAGGGAAAGUCAGUGUCUCUCUGGAAACUUCUCUUCUCAGACUACAUCCAGAGUGAGCAAAGAGCUGCUCUCACCCAGCAGUACCUUGCAGGAACACUCUCUACGCAAGAAUUGGGUAAGGCAGUCAGUGCCACCAUUGAGGAAAUGGCUUCCACUGCUAAUGUCACCUUUGAAGGACUGAGGGACCGGGUGACAGCUGACCAGCUCCUGAGCUCUGAAAUCAUCAACAAAGAUUUGUUUAAGAAAUUGAAGGAGGGAGAAACAUCAGCCAAAGAAGUUGUCAGCAUGGACACUGUCAAGAAGUACCUGCAAGGGACAGGUAGCAUUGGUGGGCUCCUGCUUCCCGACUCCCAGGAGAAGAUCAGCAUCUACCAGGCAAAACGGAAAGGACUUUUAAGGCCAGGAACGUCACUGAUCCUCCUGGAGGCACAGGCUGCUACUGGAUUUAUCAUUGACCCAGCUGCCAACAAAAGGUAUUCUGUGGAUGAGGCAUUAAGAGCCAACGUCAUUGGCCCAGAUGUUUAUGACAAGCUACUGACUGCAGAGAAAUCUGUCACCGGCUACAGAGAUCCUUACUCAGGGAACAAGAUUUCUCUCUUCCAGGCCAUGAAGAAGGAGCUCAUCGUCAAGGAGCACGCUAUCCGCCUGCUUGAGGCCCAGAUCGCCACUGGUGGCAUCAUCGACCCCAUCAACAGCCACCGCAUCCCUGUGGAGGUGGCCUACCGGCGUGGCUACUUUGACAAGAAGAUGAACUUAAUCCUUUCUGAUCCCAGUGAUGAUACCAAGGGCUUCUUUGACCCCAACACCCAUGAGAACCUCACCUACCUGCAGCUGAAGGAGAAGUGCAUCACAGAGCCAAACACUGGGCUCUGCCUCCUUCCCCUGAACAGCAGGAAGUGCCAGUUCAUUGAUGAUGCCACCAGACGGGUGUUCAGGAGCUCCUGGCUGCCGGUCAGGUUUGGGCGGUUACGAGGGGAGAAGGUGUCCAUGUGGGACCUGCUGAACUCGGAGUACUUCAGCGAGGGGAGGCGCCGAGAGAUAUUCAACCACUACCAGCUGAGGAAGCUCACCCUAGAACAAAUUCGAAUCAUGCUAGAGGAGGAAAUGAAAAAAUGGGCCCCCAUCAAGUUCCCAGCCAUGAGAGGCAGCGUCAGUGCUUACCACCUGAUGGAAACAGGUGUCAUUGACAAGGCCCUGUUUGAGAAGGUGUUGGAGGGAUCCAUCACACCAGAGGAAGUCCUGCACAUGAACUCUGUCAGAAAGUACCUCUAUGGCUCUGGCAGCAUCGGGGGGAUUGUACUCCAGCCCUCAAACCAGAGGAUAAGCAUUUACGAGGCCAUGAAGAAAAACAUCAUGGUCCCAGGAGUAGCCCUUCCACUGUUAGAGGCCCAGGCUGCCACAGGCUUCAUCAUUGACCCAGUGAACAACCAGAAACUCUGUGUGGAUGAUGCCAUCAAGGAGGGAGUCAUUGGGCCAGAAGUCCAUGAGAAGCUGCAGCAUGCAGAAGGGGCUGUAACAGGCUACAAAGAUCCUUUCACGGGCAAGAAGAUACCCCUCUUCCAGGCAAUGAAGAAGGGCCUGAUUGCUGACAAACAGGCGAUGCAGUUGAUGGAGGUGCAGAUGGCUACAGGAGGCAUCAUUGACCCAACAUGUGGCCACUAUAUCCCUGUAGAAUGUGCCCAGAAGCGAGGGUGCCUGGAUGAGGACACAAACAAGGCCCUUUCUAAGCCCAGUGACAACAACAGAGCCUUCUGCGCCCCAGACAGCAAAGAGACCAUGACCUAUGCCGAGCUAAUCAAGCGCUGCCAGAAGGAUGAGAUCUCCGGCUUCCAUUUGCUGCCUCUGCCACAGACAGCUGCUCCUGCCUACACCGAUGAACAAAUCCAGCAGAUUUUUAAGGAAACUGUGGUGAAGGAAAAAGGGCUCUCCCUCUGGGAGCUAGUUCACUCUGGGUAUUUCACUGAGGAACAGAGGAGUGACUUCGUGGAGAGGUUCCGCUCUGAGGAAAUGUCGCUGCAGCAGCUGGUUGCUCUUGUGCUCAGACUGGUUGGGGAGAUGGAAAUGAAAGCCCACACCCACAUCACCUUGGAAGGGUUGCGGGGCAGUGUCUCAGCAGUCUGGCUGCUGGAUGCUGGCAUCAUUACUGAGAAGACGUUUGAAGAACUGGCUCAGGGCAUAAGGACUCCCGAGGAAGUGGCUGCGAUGGAGAGUGUGAAGAGGUACUUGCAGGGCACAGGCAGCAUUGCCGGAGUAUUCAUAGAGGCAUCCAAAAAGAAGAUGAGCUUUUAUGAUGCCAUGAAAAACAAUCUCCUCCUCCCUGGGGCUGCUCUGAGGCUGCUAGAAGCUCAGGCAGCCACAGGAUACCUAACUGACACAGCUACAAACCGGAGACUUAGCGUGAGGGAUGCUGUGAAAGCAGGUGUUGUCGGUGAAGAGCUCACUGAGAAACUCCUUCUAGCUGAGAGGGCAGUGACUGGCUACACAGACCCCUACACAGGGACCUCCAUCUCACUAUGUCAAGCACUCAGGAAAGAGCUGAUUCCCCUGGGAGAUGCUGUUCCCUUGCUAGAGGCCCAGCUGGCCACAGGAGGGGUCAUUGAUCCCAUUCACCAUCAUCACCUUCCACUCCAGGCUGCGUGCAGAUAUGGCUUCUACGAUGACGACCUGAACCAAACCCUCUCUCAGCUGAAUGACAGCACCAAAAUCUUUUUUGAUCCAAACACAAAGGAGAAUGUGACUUACCAGCAGCUGAAGGACAGGUGCAUUCAUGAGGCUGAGUCAGAUCUCUGGCUCCUUCCUCUGUCAGAAAACGCGAUGUUCUGUGUCGAUGAACAAACCAUGGAGGUGCUGAAAUCUGUGACUGUUUGUGUCAACAUAGGGCGGUUCAAAGGACAGACAGUGUCAGUCUGGGACCUUCUCAACUCUGAAUACCUCUCAGACAGCAAAAGAAGAGAGCUAGUGCAAAAGUACAAAGAUGAGAAUACUGAAGUGCUACAUGAAAUCAUAACAAUUGUCAUCACAAUCAUCAAAGAGACUGAGGCGCAGGGCAAGAAGUUUGCAUUCAAGGGUUUGCGGAAAAAAGUAUCUGCCAGUGACCUCUUCCAGUCUCAACUUAUAGACAAAAAAACCCUCGAUGAGCUCAACCAGGGGAAGAAAACAGUCAAAGAAGUCACUGAAAUGGACUCUGUCCGCAGGUACCUGGAAGGCAGCAAUUUCAUAGCAGGGGUCCUUAUACAGCCAAGCAAUGUGAAGAUGAGCAUCUACCAUGCCAUGAGGAAGGGCAUCCUGAGGCCAGGGACAGCACUGGUGCUGCUGGAGGCUCAGGCUGCCACUGGCUACAUUAUUGACCCAGAGAAAAACCAGAAGUUUUCAGUGGAGGAAGCAUUAACUGAAGGUCUAAUUGGAGGGGAGAUAUUUGAAAAGCUACUCUGUGCAGAAAGAGCUGUGACAGGCUACACUGACCCCUACACAAAAGCCCCAAUGUCCCUAUUUGAAGCUAUGAACCAAGGACUGAUUGUGAAGAGCCAUGGCAUCCGCCUGCUUGAGGCCCAGAUCGCCACCGGCGGCAUCAUCGACCCCGUGCACAGCCACCGCCUCCCCGUGGAGGUGGCCUACCAGCGUGGCUACUUUGACCAAGAGAUGAACCAAAUCCUCUCUGACCCCACUGAUGACACCAAGGGCUUCUUUGACCCCAACACCCACGAGAACCUCACCUACAUGCAGCUCCUGGAGAGAUGUGUCCAAGAUUCAGAGACUGGAUUGUACAUGCUACAAGUUGUUCAGGAAGGAGGAAAGUACUUCUACAUUGAUGAGUGUACCAAAAAGGUUUUCCGCUCAAAGCCCCUAGAAGUGAAAGUUGGAAAGUUUAAAGACCAAACAGUUUCCAUCUGGGAAAUCCUCUGCUCUCAUUACAUCUCUGAGCAGAAAAGGAAAGAACUAGUGAUGCAGUACAAAUGCAAAACCCUCACGCUGGAAGAUCUUAUAGCCCUCAUCCUCAAAAUAGUUGAGGAUACAGAGAAAAGAGCAGAAGCCCUCAAGGUUAAAGGACUCCGGGGGGAUGUGUCAAUAUCAGAAUUGUUUAACUCUGAAAUAAUUGACAAGAAAACUCUAGAUCAGCUGCAGGAUGGGAGUCUCACGCUUGCCAGCCUCACAAAGAAGGACACCAUCAAAAGGUACUUGGAUGGCACCGGAUGCAUUGCUGGGGUUCUAAUCCCAUCAAGGAAAGAAAAGAUGAGCAUCUACCAGGCCCUGGAGAAGGGUCUACUCACAGAGCAAUGUGCACUAGGGCUGCUGGAGGCACAGGCUGCCACUGGUUUUCUCAUUGACCCAGUGAUAAAUAAGAAGCUCUCUGUAGAUGAGGCUGUCUCGUCUGGGCUGGUAGGUAGCAACUUGCACAAGAAGCUCCUAUCAGCAGAGAAAGCUGUGACAGGAUACACACAUACUCAUGCAGGAAAUAAAUUAUCCCUCUUCCAGGCCAUAAGGCAAAAGAUAACAGUCAAGGAGCACGGCAUCCGCCUGCUCGAGGCCCAGAUCGCCACCGGUGGCAUCAUCGACCCUGUGCACAGCCACCGCCUCCCCGUGGAGGUGGCCUACCGGCGUGGCUACUUGGAUGAGGAAAUGUUUCUUCUACUUUCUGAUCCAGAUCACGGUAGCAAAGGUUUUAUAGAUCCCAACACUCAUGAGAAAAUCAGUUACAGUCAGCUACUAAAGAGAUGUUCCAAAGACAGAGAUAGUGGAUUGUACCUGCUGCAGGUUACGGAAAAAGAAGAUGAUUAUUUCUACGUUGAUGAGCAAACAAAAAAUUCCCUGUUGUCUAAAAAGGUACAAGUGCCUGUUGGAAAAUACAAAGGAUGUGUAUUAUCACUGUGGGAACUUCUCUGUUCUGAGUAUAUCAGUGAAGAGAAAAGAAAAGAACUGGUGAAAAAAUAUAAACAGGAAUCCCAUCACAUUCUGCAAGGAAUCAUUGAAACAAUACUAUAUAUCAUCAAAGAAAAAGAAGAGGACAGAAGUGAUAUCUGGUUCCAAGGACUCAGACAACAAAUAACAGCAUCAGAACUUGUCAGCGCACAGAUAAUUACAGAAGAAACAAUGGAAAAACUCCAUGAAGGAAAAGAAACGGCACAAGAAAUAGCACAAAUGGAUAGUGUGAGAAGAUACCUUGAGGGAACUGGAAGCAUCGCCGGCGUGCUGGUGCCGUCCAAGGUCAACCCCGCCAAGAUGGAGAAGAUGAGCAUCUACCAGGCCAUGUGGAAGGGCAUCCUAAGACCAGGGACAGCACUGGUGCUGCUGGAGGCACAGGCUGCCACCGGCUUCAUCAUUGACCCGCUCGCCAACAAGAAGCUCUCCGUGGACGAGGCCGUCUCGUCCGGGCUGGUGGGCAGCGAGCUGCAGAAAAAACUACUUUGUGCAGAGAGGGCUGUAACAGGCUACACUGACCCGUGCACGGCGCAGAAGAUGUCGCUUUUCCAGGCCAUGAAGAAGGAGCUCAUUGUCAAGGAGCACGGCAUCCGCCUGCUCGAGGCCCAGAUCGCCACCGGCGGCAUCAUCGACCCCGUGCACAGCCACCGCCUCCCCGUGGAGGUGGCCUACCGGCGCGGCUACUUUGACCAGGAGAUGAACCAGAUCCUCUCCGACCCCACCGACGACACCAAGGGCUUCUUUGACCCCAACACCCACGAGAACCUCACCUACAUGCAGCUCCUCCGCCGCUGCGUGCCCGACCCGGACACGGGGCUGCUCAUGCUCCAGCUGAUGGACAAGGGCUCCGUGCUCUACCAGCUGACCGAGGACGCCCGGAAAGCCCUGCAGGCCGCCCGCACCACCGUCAGCGUGGGGCUCUUCCAGGGCCAGAGCGUCACAGUCUGGGAGCUCCUCUUCUCCCGCUACGUCCCCGACCACCGGCGCCAGGACCUCCUCCGGAAGUACAAGGCGGGGACGGUCACCAUCUCGGAGAUGAUCACGCUCCUCACCACCAUCGUCACCGGGGCUGAGGGCCAGGGCCACGGCGCUGCCCUGGCCCGCAAGCCGACGCAGCGGGAGGCCCCGCCGCCGGCGGCCGAGAAUGGCGAGGCUGCGGACUCCCGGCGGGAGCGGGAGCGGGAGCUGGAGCUGGAGCGGUCCCUGAAGUCCCGCACCGUUGAGGUCUCGGCGGGCGGCUUCCACGGCAGGAAGGUCUCCCUGUGGGAGCUCCUCUUCUCCAAGUACGUCUCCGAGGCAAAGAGGCAGGAGCUGCUGGGCAAGGUCCGGGCCGGGAGCCUGGCGCUGGACGAGCUGGCAAGGCUCCUCACCGUCCUCAUCGAGGAGGUGGUGGAGCGGAGCAGCAACGUGAAAUUCACGGGCCUCAGGAGGCAGGUGACCGCCUCGGACCUGGCGGACUCGGGCAUCAUCGACAAGGACACGCUGGCCGACCUCGUCCAGGGCUCCAAGACGGUGGAGGAGGUGACGGAAAUGGCCUCCGUCAAGCGCUACCUGGACGGCACGGGCUGCAUCGCCGGCGUGCUGGUGCCCUCCAAGGCCGACCCCGCCAAGAUGGAGAAGAUGAGCAUCUACCAGGCCAUGUGGAAGGGCAUCCUGAGGCAGGGCACGGCCCUGGUGCUGCUGGAGGCGCAGGCUGCCACCGGCUUCGUCGUCGACCCGCUCGCCAACAAGAAGCUCUCCGUGGACGAGGCCGUCUCGUCCGGGCUGGUGGGCAGCGAGCUGCACGAGAAGCUCCUGUCGGCCGAGAGGGCCGUGACGGGCUACACCGACCCCUACACCGGCGACCAGAUCUCCCUCUUCCAGGCCAUGAAGAAGGAGCUCAUCGUCAAGGAGCACGGCAUCCGCCUGCUCGAGGCCCAGAUCGCUACCGGCGGCAUCAUCGACCCCGUGCACAGCCACCGCCUCCCCGUGGAGGUGGCCUACCGGCGCGGCUACUUUGACCAGGAGAUGAACCAGAUCCUCUCCGACCCCACCGACGACACCAAGGGCUUCUUUGACCCCAACACCCACGAGAACCUCACCUACAUGCAGCUCCUCCGCCGCUGCGUGCCCGACCCGGACACGGGGCUGCUCAUGCUCCAGCUGAUGGACAAGGGCUCCGUGCUCUACCAGCUGACCGAGGAUGCCCGGAAAGCCCUGCAGGCCGCCCGCACCACCGUCAGCGUGGGGCUCUUCCAGGGCCAGAGCGUCACAGUCUGGGAGCUCCUCUUCUCCCGCUACGUCCCCGACCACCGGCGCCAGGACCUCCUCCGGAAGUACAAGGCGGGGACGGUCACCAUCUCGGAGAUGAUCACGCUCCUCACCACCAUCGUCACCGGGGCUGAGGGCCAGGGCCACGGCGCUGCCCUGGCCCGCAAGCCGACGCAGCGGGAGGCCCCGCCGCCGGCGGCCGAGAAUGGCGAGCGGGAGCUGGAGCUGGAGCGGUCCCUGAAGUCCCGCACCGUUGAGGUCUCGGCGGGCGGCUUCCACGGCAGGAAGGUCUCCCUGUGGGAGCUCCUCUUCUCCAAGUACGUCUCCGAGGCAAAGAGGCAGGAGCUGCUGGGCAAGGUCCGGGCCGGGAGCCUGGCGCUGGACGAGCUGGCAAGGCUCCUCACCGUCCUCAUCGAGGAGGUGGUGGAGCGGAGCAGCAACGUGAAAUUCACGGGCCUCAGGAGGCAGGUGACCGCCUCGGACCUGGCGGACUCGGGCAUCAUCGACAAGGACACGCUGGCCGACCUCGUCCAGGGCUCCAAGACGGUGGAGGAGGUGACGGAAAUGGCCUCCGUCAAGCGCUACCUGGACGGCACGGGCUGCAUCGCCGGCGUGCUGGUGCCCUCCAAGGCCGACCCCGCCAAGAUGGAGAAGAUGAGCAUCUACCAGGCCAUGUGGAAGGGCAUCCUGAGGCAGGGCACGGCCCUGGUGCUGCUGGAGGCGCAGGCUGCCACCGGCUUCGUCGUCGACCCGCUCGCCAACAAGAAGCUCUCCGUGGACGAGGCCGUCUCGUCCGGGCUGGUGGGCAGCGAGCUGCACGAGAAGCUCCUGUCGGCCGAGAGGGCCGUGACGGGCUACACCGACCCCUACACCGGCGACCAGAUCUCCCUCUUCCAGGCCAUGAAGAAGGAGCUCAUCGUCAAGGAGCACGGCAUCCGCCUGCUCGAGGCCCAGAUCGCCACCGGCGGCAUCAUCGACCCCGUGCACAGCCACCGCCUCCCCGUGGAGGUGGCCUACCGGCGCGGCUACUUUGACCAGGAGAUGAACCAGAUCCUCUCCGACCCCACCGACGACACCAAGGGCUUCUUUGACCCCAACACCCACGAGAACCUCACCUACAUGCAGCUCCUCCGCCGCUGCGUGCCCGACCCGGACACGGGGCUGCUCAUGCUCCAGCUGAUGGACAAGGGCUCCGUGCUCUACCAGCUGACCGAGGACGCCCGGAAAGCCCUGCAGGCCGCCCGCACCACCGUCAGCGUGGGGCUCUUCCAGGGCCAGAGCGUCACAGUCUGGGAGCUCCUCUUCUCCCGCUACGUCCCCGACCACCGGCGCCAGGACCUCCUCCGGAAGUACAAGGCGGGGACGGUCACCAUCUCGGAGAUGAUCACGCUCCUCACCACCAUCGUCACCGGGGCUGAGGGCCAGGGCCACGGCGCUGCCCUGGCCCGCAAGCCGACGCAGCGGGAGGCCCCGCCGCCGGCGGCCGAGAAUGGCGAGCGGGAGCUGGAGCUGGAGCGGUCCCUGAAGUCCCGCACCGUUGAGGUCUCGGCGGGCGGCUUCCACGGCAGGAAGGUCUCCCUGUGGGAGCUCCUCUUCUCCAAGUACGUCUCCGAGGCAAAGAGGCAGGAGCUGCUGGGCAAGGUCCGGGCCGGGAGCCUGGCGCUGGACGAGCUGGCAAGGCUCCUCACCGUCCUCAUCGAGGAGGUGGUGGAGCGGAGCAGCAACGUGAAAUUCACGGGCCUCAGGAGGCAGGUGACCGCCUCGGACCUGGCGGACUCGGGCAUCAUCGACAAGGACACGCUGGCCGACCUCGUCCAGGGCUCCAAGACGGUGGAGGAGGUGACGGAAAUGGCCUCCGUCAAGCGCUACCUGGACGGCACGGGCUGCAUCGCCGGCGUGCUGGUGCCCUCCAAGGCCGACCCCGCCAAGAUGGAGAAGAUGAGCAUCUACCAGGCCAUGUGGAAGGGCAUCCUGAGGCAGGGCACGGCCCUGGUGCUGCUGGAGGCGCAGGCUGCCACCGGCUUCGUCGUCGACCCGCUCGCCAACAAGAAGCUCUCCGUGGACGAGGCCGUCUCGUCCGGGCUGGUGGGCAGCGAGCUGCACGAGAAGCUCCUGUCGGCCGAGAGGGCCGUGACGGGCUACACCGACCCCUACACCGGCGACCAGAUCUCCCUCUUCCAGGCCAUGAAGAAGGAGCUCAUCGUCAAGGAGCACGGCAUCCGCCUGCUCGAGGCCCAGAUCGCCACCGGCGGCAUCAUCGACCCCGUGCACAGCCACCGCCUCCCCGUGGAGGUGGCCUACCGGCGCGGCUACUUUGACCAGGAGAUGAACCAGAUCCUCUCCGACCCCACCGACGACACCAAGGGCUUCUUUGACCCCAACACCCACGAGAACCUCACCUACAUGCAGCUCCUCCGCCGCUGCGUGCCCGACCCGGACACGGGGCUGCUCAUGCUCCAGCUGAUGGACAAGGGCUCCGUGCUCUACCAGCUGACCGAGGACGCCCGGAAAGCCCUGCAGGCCGCCCGCACCACCGUCAGCGUGGGGCUCUUCCAGGGCCAGAGCGUCACAGUCUGGGAGCUCCUCUUCUCCCGCUACGUCCCCGACCACCGGCGCCAGGACCUCCUCCGGAAGUACAAGGCGGGGACGGUCACCAUCUCGGAGAUGAUCACGCUCCUCACCACCAUCGUCACCGGGGCUGAGGGCCAGGGCCACGGCGCUGCCCUGGCCCGCAAGCCGACGCAGCGGGAGGCCCCGCCGCCGGCGGCCGGGAAUGGCGAGCGGGAGCUGGAGCUGGAGCGGUCCCUGAAGUCCCGCACCGUUGAGGUCUCGGCGGGCGGCUUCCACGGCAGGAAGGUCUCCCUGUGGGAGCUCCUCUUCUCCAAGUACGUCUCCGAGGCAAAGAGGCAGGAGCUGCUGGGCAAGGUCCGGGCCGGGAGCCUGGCACUGGACGAGCUGGCAAGGCUCCUCACCGUCCUCAUCGAGGAGGUGGUGGAGCGGAGCAGCAACGUGAAAUUCACGGGCCUCAGGAGGCAGGUGACCGCCUCGGACCUGGCGGACUCAGGCAUCAUCGACAAGGACACGCUGGCCGACCUCGUCCAGGGCUCCAAGACGGUGGAGGAGGUGACGGAAAUGGCCUCCGUCAAGCGCUACCUGGACGGCACGGGCUGCAUCGCCGGCGUGCUGGUGCCCUCCAAGGCCGACCCCGCCAAGAUGGAGAAGAUGAGCAUCUACCAGGCCAUGUGGAAGGGCAUCCUGAGGCAGGGCACGGCCCUGGUGCUGCUGGAGGCGCAGGCUGCCACCGGCUUCGUCGUCGACCCGCUCGCCAACAAGAAGCUCUCCGUGGACGAGGCCGUCUCGUCCGGGCUGGUGGGCAGCGAGCUGCACGAGAAGCUCCUGUCGGCCGAGAGGGCCGUGACGGGCUACACCGACCCCUACACCGGCGACCAGAUCUCCCUCUUCCAGGCCAUGAAGAAGGAGCUCAUCGUCAAGGAGCACGGCAUCCGCCUGCUCGAGGCCCAGAUCGCCACCGGCGGCAUCAUCGACCCCGUGCACAGCCACCGCCUCCCCGUGGAGGUGGCCUACCGGCGCGGCUACUUUGACCAGGAGAUGAACCAGAUCCUCUCCGACCCCACCGACGACACCAAGGGCUUCUUUGACCCCAACACCCACGAGAACCUCACCUACAUGCAGCUCCUCCGCCGCUGCGUGCCCGACCCGGACACGGGGCUGCUCAUGCUCCAGCUGAUGGACAAGGGCUCCGUGCUCUACCAGCUGACCGAGGACGCCCGGAAAGCCCUGCAGGCCGCCCGCACCACCGUCAGCGUGGGGCUCUUCCAGGGCCAGAGCGUCACAGUCUGGGAGCUCCUCUUCUCCCGCUACGUCCCCGACCACCGGCGCCAGGACCUCCUCCGGAAGUACAAGGCGGGGACGGUCACCAUCUCAGAGAUGAUCACGCUCCUCACCACCAUCGUCACCGGGGCUGAGGGCCAGGGCCACGGCGCUGCCCUGGCCCGCAAGCCGACGCAGCGGGAGGCCCCGCCGCCGGCGGCCGAGAAUGGCGAGGCCGCGGACUCCCGGCGGGAGCGGGAGCGGGAGCGGGAGCUGGAGCUGGAGCGGUCCCUGAAGUCCCGCACCGUUGAGGUCUCGGCGGGCGGCUUCCACGGCAGGAAGGUCUCCCUGUGGGAGCUCCUCUUCUCCAAGUACGUCUCCGAGGCAAAGAGGCAGGAGCUGCUGGGCAAGGUCCGGGCCGGGAGCCUGGCGCUGGACGAGCUGGCAAGGCUCCUCACCGUCCUCAUCGAGGAGGUGGUGGAGCGGAGCAGCAACGUGAAAUUCACGGGCCUCAGGAGGCAGGUGACCGCCUCGGACCUGGCGGACUCGGGCAUCAUCGACAAGGACACGCUGGCCGACCUCGUCCAGGGCUCCAAGACGGUGGAGGAGGUGACGGAAAUGGCCUCCGUCAAGCGCUACCUGGACGGCACGGGCUGCAUCGCCGGCGUGCUGGUGCCCUCCAAGGCCGACCCCGCCAAGAUGGAGAAGAUGAGCAUCUACCAGGCCAUGUGGAAGGGCAUCCUGAGGCAGGGCACGGCCCUGGUGCUGCUGGAGGCGCAGGCUGCCACCGGCUUCGUCGUCGACCCGCUCGCCAACAAGAAGCUCUCCGUGGACGAGGCCGUCUCGUCCGGGCUGGUGGGCAGCGAGCUGCACGAGAAGCUCCUGUCGGCCGAGAGGGCCGUGACGGGCUACACCGACCCCUACACCGGCGACCAGAUCUCCCUCUUCCAGGCCAUGAAGAAGGAGCUCAUCGUCAAGGAGCACGGCAUCCGCCUGCUCGAGGCCCAGAUCGCCACCGGCGGCAUCAUCGACCCCGUGCACAGCCACCGCCUCCCCGUGGAGGUGGCCUACCGGCGCGGCUACUUUGACCAGGAGAUGAACCAGAUCCUCUCCGACCCCACCGACGACACCAAGGGCUUCUUUGACCCCAACACCCACGAGAACCUCACCUACAUGCAGCUCCUCCGCCGCUGCGUGCCCGACCCGGACACGGGGCUGCUCAUGCUCCAGCUGAUGGACAAGGGCUCCGUGCUCUACCAGCUGACCGAGGACGCCCGGAAAGCCCUGCAGGCCGCCCGCACCACCGUCAGCGUGGGGCUCUUCCAGGGCCAGAGCGUCACAGUCUGGGAGCUCCUCUUCUCCCGCUACGUCCCCGACCACCGGCGCCAGGACCUCCUCCGGAAGUACAAGGCGGGGACGGUCACCAUCUCGGAGAUGAUCACGCUCCUCACCACCAUCGUCACCGGGGCUGAGGGCCAGGGCCACGGCGCUGCCCUGGCCCGCAAGCCGACGCAGCGGGAGGCCCCGCCGCCGGCGGCCGAGAAUGGCGAGCGGGAGCUGGAGCUGGAGCGGUCCCUGAAGUCCCGCACCGUUGAGGUCUCGGCGGGCGGCUUCCACGGCAGGAAGGUCUCCCUGUGGGAGCUCCUCUUCUCCAAGUACGUCUCCGAGGCAAAGAGGCAGGAGCUGCUGGGCAAGGUCCGGGCCGGGAGCCUGGCGCUGGACGAGCUGGCAAGGCUCCUCACCGUCCUCAUCGAGGAGGUGGUGGAGCGGAGCAGCAACGUGAAAUUCACGGGCCUCAGGAGGCAGGUGACCGCCUCGGACCUGGCGGACUCGGGCAUCAUCGACAAGGACACGCUGGCCGACCUCGUCCAGGGCUCCAAGACGGUGGAGGAGGUGACGGAAAUGGCCUCCGUCAAGCGCUACCUGGACGGCACGGGCUGCAUCGCCGGCGUGCUGGUGCCCUCCAAGGCCGACCCCGCCAAGAUGGAGAAGAUGAGCAUCUACCAGGCCAUGUGGAAGGGCAUCCUGAGGCAGGGCACGGCCCUGGUGCUGCUGGAGGCGCAGGCUGCCACCGGCUUCGUCGUCGACCCGCUCGCCAACAAGAAGCUCUCCGUGGACGAGGCCGUCUCGUCCGGGCUGGUGGGCAGCGAGCUGCACGAGAAGCUCCUGUCGGCCGAGAGGGCCGUGACGGGCUACACCGACCCCUACACCGGCGACCAGAUCUCCCUCUUCCAGGCCAUGAAGAAGGAGCUCAUCGUCAAGGAGCACGGCAUCCGCCUGCUCGAGGCCCAGAUCGCCACCGGCGGCAUCAUCGACCCCGUGCACAGCCACCGCCUCCCCGUGGAGGUGGCCUACCGGCGCGGCUACUUUGACCAGGAGAUGAACCAGAUCCUCUCCGACCCCACCGACGACACCAAGGGCUUCUUUGACCCCAACACCCACGAGAACCUCACCUACAUGCAGCUCCUCCGCCGCUGCGUGCCCGACCCGGACACGGGGCUGCUCAUGCUCCAGCUGAUGGACAAGGGCUCCGUGCUCUACCAGCUGACCGAGGACGCCCGGAAAGCCCUGCAGGCCGCCCGCACCACCGUCAGCGUGGGGCUCUUCCAGGGCCAGAGCGUCACAGUCUGGGAGCUCCUCUUCUCCCGCUACGUCCCCGACCACCGGCGCCAGGACCUCCUCCGGAAGUACAAGGCGGGGACGGUCACCAUCUCGGAGAUGAUCACGCUCCUCACCACCAUCGUCACCGGGGCUGAGGGCCAGGGCCACGGCGCUGCCCUGGCCCGCAAGCCGACGCAGCGGGAGGCCCCGCCGCCGGCGGCCGAGAAUGGCGAGGCCGCGGACUCCCGGCGGGAGCGGGAGCGGGAGAAGGUCUCCCUGUGGGAGCUCCUCUUCUCCAAGUACGUCUCCGAGGCAAAGAGGCAGGAGCUGCUGGGCAAGGUCCGGGCCGGGAGCCUGGCGCUGGACGAGCUGGCAAGGCUCCUCACCGUCCUCAUCGAGGAGGUGGUGGAGCGGAGCAGCAACGUGAAAUUCACGGGCCUCAGGAGGCAGGUGACCGCCUCGGACCUGGCGGACUCGGGCAUCAUCGACAAGGACACGCUGGCCGACCUCGUCCAGGGCUCCAAGACGGUGGAGGAGGUGACGGAAAUGGCCUCCGUCAAGCGCUACCUGGACGGCACGGGCUGCAUCGCCGGCGUGCUGGUGCCCUCCAAGGCCGACCCCGCCAAGAUGGAGAAGAUGAGCAUCUACCAGGCCAUGUGGAAGGGCAUCCUGAGGCAGGGCACGGCCCUGGUGCUGCUGGAGGCGCAGGCUGCCACCGGCUUCGUCGUCGACCCGCUCGCCAACAAGAAGCUCUCCGUGGACGAGGCCGUCUCGUCCGGGCUGGUGGGCAGCGAGCUGCACGAGAAGCUCCUGUCGGCCGAGAGGGCCGUGACGGGCUACACCGACCCCUACACCGGCGACCAGAUCUCCCUCUUCCAGGCCAUGAAGAAGGAGCUCAUCGUCAAGGAGCACGGCAUCCGCCUGCUCGAGGCCCAGAUCGCCACCGGCGGCAUCAUCGACCCCGUGCACAGCCACCGCCUCCCCGUGGAGGUGGCCUACCGGCGCGGCUACUUUGACCAGGAGAUGAACCAGAUCCUCUCCGACCCCACCGACGACACCAAGGGCUUCUUUGACCCCAACACCCACGAGAACCUCACCUACAUGCAGCUCCUCCGCCGCUGCGUGCCCGACCCGGACACGGGGCUGCUCAUGCUCCAGCUGAUGGACAAGGGCUCCGUGCUCUACCAGCUGACCGAGGACGCCCGGAAAGCCCUGCAGGCCGCCCGCACCACCGUCAGCGUGGGGCUCUUCCAGGGCCAGAGCGUCACAGUCUGGGAGCUCCUCUUCUCCCGCUACGUCCCCGACCACCGGCGCCAGGACCUCCUCCGGAAGUACAAGGCGGGGACGGUCACCAUCUCGGAGAUGAUCACGCUCCUCACCACCAUCGUCACCGGGGCUGAGGGCCAGGGCCACGGCGCUGCCCUGGCCCGCAAGCCGACGCAGCGGGAGGCCCCGCCGCCAGCGGCCGAGAAUGGCGAGGCCGCGGACUCCCGGCGGGAGCGGGAGCGGGAGCGGGAGCUGGAGCUGGAGCGGUCCCUGAAGUCCCGCACCGUUGAGGUCUCGGCGGGCGGCUUCCACGGCAGGAAGGUCUCCCUGUGGGAGCUCCUCUUCUCCAAGUACGUCUCCGAGGCAAAGAGGCAGGAGCUGCUGGGCAAGGUCCGGGCCGGGAGCCUGGCGCUGGACGAGCUGGCAAGGCUCCUCACCGUCCUCAUCGAGGAGGUGGUGGAGCGGAGCAGCAACGUGAAAUUCACGGGCCUCAGGAGGCAGGUGACCGCCUCGGACCUGGCGGACUCGGGCAUCAUCGACAAGGACACGCUGGCCGACCUCGUCCAGGGCUCCAAGACGGUGGAGGAGGUGACGGAAAUGGCCUCCGUCAAGCGCUACCUGGACGGCACGGGCUGCAUCGCCGGCGUGCUGGUGCCCUCCAAGGCCGACCCCGCCAAGAUGGAGAAGAUGAGCAUCUACCAGGCCAUGUGGAAGGGCAUCCUGAGGCAGGGCACGGCCCUGGUGCUGCUGGAGGCGCAGGCUGCCACCGGCUUCGUCGUCGACCCGCUCGCCAACAAGAAGCUCUCCGUGGACGAGGCCGUCUCGUCCGGGCUGGUGGGCAGCGAGCUGCACGAGAAGCUCCUGUCGGCCGAGAGGGCCGUGACGGGCUACACCGACCCCUACACCGGCGACCAGAUCUCCCUCUUCCAGGCCAUGAAGAAGGAGCUCAUCGUCAAGGAGCACGGCAUCCGCCUGCUCGAGGCCCAGAUCGCCACCGGCGGCAUCAUCGACCCCGUGCACAGCCACCGCCUCCCCGUGGAGGUGGCCUACCGGCGCGGCUACUUUGACCAGGAGAUGAACCAGAUCCUCUCCGACCCCACCGACGACACCAAGGGCUUCUUUGACCCCAACACCCACGAGAACCUCACCUACAUGCAGCUCCUCCGCCGCUGCGUGCCCGACCCGGACACGGGGCUGCUCAUGCUCCAGCUGAUGGACAAGGGCUCCGUGCUCUACCAGCUGACCGAGGACGCCCGGAAAGCCCUGCAGGCCGCCCGCACCACCGUCAGCGUGGGGCUCUUCCAGGGCCAGAGCGUCACAGUCUGGGAGCUCCUCUUCUCCCGCUACGUCCCCGACCACCGGCGCCAGGACCUCCUCCGGAAGUACAAGGCGGGGACGGUCACCAUCUCGGAGAUGAUCACGCUCCUCACCACCAUCGUCACCGGGGCUGAGGGCCAGGGCCACGGCGCUGCCCUGGCCCGCAAGCCGACGCAGCGGGAGGCCCCGCCGCCGGCGGCCGAGAAUGGCGAGCGGGAGCUGGAGCUGGAGCGGUCCCUGAAGUCCCGCACCGUUGAGGUCUCGGCGGGCGGCUUCCACGGCAGGAAGGUCUCCCUGUGGGAGCUCCUCUUCUCCAAGUACGUCUCCGAGGCAAAGAGGCAGGAGCUGCUGGGCAAGGUCCGGGCCGGGAGCCUGGCGCUGGACGAGCUGGCAAGGCUCCUCACCGUCCUCAUCGAGGAGGUGGUGGAGCGGAGCAGCAACGUGAAAUUCACGGGCCUCAGGAGGCAGGUGACCGCCUCGGACCUGGCGGACUCGGGCAUCAUCGACAAGGACACGCUGGCCGACCUCGUCCAGGGCUCCAAGACGGUGGAGGAGGUGACGGAAAUGGCCUCCGUCAAGCGCUACCUGGACGGCACGGGCUGCAUCGCCGGCGUGCUGGUGCCCUCCAAGGCCGACCCCGCCAAGAUGGAGAAGAUGAGCAUCUACCAGGCCAUGUGGAAGGGCAUCCUGAGGCAGGGCACGGCCCUGGUGCUGCUGGAGGCGCAGGCUGCCACCGGCUUCGUCGUCGACCCGCUCGCCAACAAGAAGCUCUCCGUGGACGAGGCCGUCUCGUCCGGGCUGGUGGGCAGCGAGCUGCACGAGAAGCUCCUGUCGGCCGAGAGGGCCGUGACGGGCUACACCGACCCCUACACCGGCGACCAGAUCUCCCUCUUCCAGGCCAUGAAGAAGGAGCUCAUCGUCAAGGAGCACGGCAUCCGCCUGCUCGAGGCCCAGAUCGCCACCGGCGGCAUCAUCGACCCCGUGCACAGCCACCGCCUCCCCGUGGAGGUGGCCUACCGGCGCGGCUACUUUGACCAGGAGAUGAACCAGAUCCUCUCCGACCCCACCGACGACACCAAGGGCUUCUUUGACCCCAACACCCACGAGAACCUCACCUACAUGCAGCUCCUCCGCCGCUGCGUGCCCGACCCGGACACGGGGCUGCUCAUGCUCCAGCUGAUGGACAAGGGCUCCGUGCUCUACCAGCUGACCGAGGACGCCCGGAAAGCCCUGCAGGCCGCCCGCACCACCGUCAGCGUGGGGCUCUUCCAGGGCCAGAGCGUCUCCCUGUGGGAGCUCCUCUUCUCCAAGUACGUCUCCGAGGCAAAGAGGCAGGAGCUGCUGGGCAAGGUCCGGGCCGGGAGCCUGGCGCUGGACGAGCUGGCAAGGCUCCUCACCGUCCUCAUCGAGGAGGUGGUGGAGCGGAGCAGCAACGUGAAAUUCACGGGCCUCAGGAGGCAGGUGACCGCCUCGGACCUGGCGGACUCGGGCAUCAUCGACAAGGACACGCUGGCCGACCUCGUCCAGGGCUCCAAGACGGUGGAGGAGGUGACGGAAAUGGCCUCCGUCAAGCGCUACCUGGACGGCACGGGCUGCAUCGCCGGCGUGCUGGUGCCCUCCAAGGCCGACCCCGCCAAGAUGGAGAAGAUGAGCAUCUACCAGGCCAUGUGGAAGGGCAUCCUGAGGCAGGGCACGGCCCUGGUGCUGCUGGAGGCGCAGGCUGCCACCGGCUUCGUCGUCGACCCGCUCGCCAACAAGAAGCUCUCCGUGGACGAGGCCGUCUCGUCCGGGCUGGUGGGCAGCGAGCUGCACGAGAAGCUCCUGUCGGCCGAGAGGGCCGUGACGGGCUACACCGACCCCUACACCGGCGACCAGAUCUCCCUCUUCCAGGCCAUGAAGAAGGAGCUCAUCGUCAAGGAGCACGGCAUCCGCCUGCUCGAGGCCCAGAUCGCCACCGGCGGCAUCAUCGACCCCGUGCACAGCCACCGCCUCCCCGUGGAGGUGGCCUACCGGCGCGGCUACUUUGACCAGGAGAUGAACCAGAUCCUCUCCGACCCCACCGACGACACCAAGGGCUUCUUUGACCCCAACACCCACGAGAACCUCACCUACAUGCAGCUCCUCCGCCGCUGCGUGCCCGACCCGGACACGGGGCUGCUCAUGCUCCAGCUGAUGGACAAGGGCUCCGUGCUCUACCAGCUGACCGAGGACGCCCGGAAAGCCCUGCAGUCCCGCACCGUUGAGGUCUCGGCGGGCGGCUUCCACGGCAGGAAGGUCUCCCUGUGGGAGCUCCUCUUCUCCAAGUACGUCUCCGAGGCAAAGAGGCAGGAGCUGCUGGGCAAGGUCCGGGCCGGGAGCCUGGCGCUGGACGAGCUGGCAAGGCUCCUCACCGUCCUCAUCGAGGAGGUGGUGGAGCGGAGCAGCAACGUGAAAUUCACGGGCCUCAGGAGGCAGGUGACCGCCUCGGACCUGGCGGACUCGGGCAUCAUCGACAAGGACACGCUGGCCGACCUCGUCCAGGGCUCCAAGACGGUGGAGGAGGUGACGGAAAUGGCCUCCGUCAAGCGCUACCUGGACGGCACGGGCUGCAUCGCCGGCGUGCUGGUGCCCUCCAAGGCCGACCCCGCCAAGAUGGAGAAGAUGAGCAUCUACCAGGCCAUGUGGAAGGGCAUCCUGAGGCAGGGCACGGCCCUGGUGCUGCUGGAGGCGCAGGCUGCCACCGGCUUCGUCGUCGACCCGCUCGCCAACAAGAAGCUCUCCGUGGACGAGGCCGUCUCGUCCGGGCUGGUGGGCAGCGAGCUGCACGAGAAGCUCCUGUCGGCCGAGAGGGCUGUGACGGGCUACACCGACCCCUACACCGGCGACCAGAUCUCCCUCUUCCAGGCCAUGAAGAAGGAGCUCAUCGUCAAGGAGCACGGCAUCCGCCUGCUCGAGGCCCAGAUCGCCACCGGCGGCAUCAUCGACCCCGUGCACAGCCACCGCCUCCCCGUGGAGGUGGCCUACCGGCGCGGCUACUUUGACCAGGAGAUGAACCAGAUCCUCUCCGACCCCACCGACGACACCAAGGGCUUCUUUGACCCCAACACCCACGAGAACCUCACCUACAUGCAGCUCCUCCGCCGCUGCGUGCCCGACCCGGACACGGGGCUGCUCAUGCUCCAGCUGAUGGACAAGGGCUCCGUGCUCUACCAGCUGACCGAGGACGCCCGGAAAGCCCUGCAGGCCGCCCGCACCACCGUCAGCGUGGGGCUCUUCCAGGGCCAGAGCGUCACAGUCUGGGAGCUCCUCUUCUCCCGCUACGUCCCCGACCACCGGCGCCAGGACCUCCUCCGGAAGUACAAGGCGGGGACGGUCCGGGCCGGGAGCCUGGCGCUGGACGAGCUGGCAAGGCUCCUCACCGUCCUCAUCGAGGAGGUGGUGGAGCGGAGCAGCAACGUGAAAUUCACGGGCCUCAGGAGGCAGGUGACCGCCUCGGACCUGGCGGACUCGGGCAUCAUCGACAAGGACACGCUGGCCGACCUCGUCCAGGGCUCCAAGACGGUGGAGGAGGUGACGGAAAUGGCCUCCGUCAAGCGCUACCUGGACGGCACGGGCUGCAUCGCCGGCGUGCUGGUGCCCUCCAAGGCCGACCCCGCCAAGAUGGAGAAGAUGAGCAUCUACCAGGCCAUGUGGAAGGGCAUCCUGAGGCAGGGCACGGCCCUGGUGCUGCUGGAGGCGCAGGCUGCCACCGGCUUCGUCGUCGACCCGCUCGCCAACAAGAAGCUCUCCGUGGACGAGGCCGUCUCGUCCGGGCUGGUGGGCAGCGAGCUGCACGAGAAGCUCCUGUCGGCCGAGAGGGCCGUGACGGGCUACACCGACCCCUACACCGGCGACCAGAUCUCCCUCUUCCAGGCCAUGAAGAAGGAGCUCAUCGUCAAGGAGCACGGCAUCCGCCUGCUCGAGGCCCAGAUCGCCACCGGCGGCAUCAUCGACCCCGUGCACAGCCACCGCCUCCCCGUGGAGGUGGCCUACCGGCGCGGCUACUUUGACCAGGAGAUGAACCAGAUCCUCUCCGACCCCACCGACGACACCAAGGGCUUCUUUGACCCCAACACCCACGAGAACCUCACCUACAUGCAGCUCCUCCGCCGCUGCGUGCCCGACCCGGACACGGGGCUGCUCAUGCUCCAGCUGAUGGACAAGGGCUCCGUGCUCUACCAGCUGACCGAGGACGCCCGGAAAGCCCUGCAGGCCGCCCGCACCACCGUCAGCGUGGGGCUCUUCCAGGGCCAGAGCGUCACAGUCUGGGAGCUCCUCUUCUCCCGCUACGUCCCCGACCACCGGCGCCAGGACCUCCUCCGGAAGUACAAGGCGGGGACGGUCACCAUCUCGGAGAUGAUCACGCUCCUCACCACCAUCGUCACCGGGGCUGAGGGCCAGGGCCACGGCGCUGCCCUGGCCCACAAGCCGACGCAGCGGGAGGCCCCGCCGCCGGCGGCCGAGAAUGGCGAGGCCGCGGACUCCCGGCGGGAGCGGGAGCUGGAGCUGGAGCGGUCCCUGAAGUCCCGCACCGUUGAGGUCUCGGCGGGCGGCUUCCACGGCAGGAAGGUCUCCCUGUGGGAGCUCCUCUUCUCCAAGUACGUCUCCGAGGCAAAGAGGCAGGAGCUGCUGGGCAAGGUCCGGGCCGGGAGCCUGGCGCUGGACGAGCUGGCAAGGCUCCUCACCGUCCUCAUCGAGGAGGUGGUGGAGCGGAGCAGCAACGUGAAAUUCACGGGCCUCAGGAGGCAGGUGACCGCCUCGGACCUGGCGGACUCGGGCAUCAUCGACAAGGACACGCUGGCCGACCUCGUCCAGGGCUCCAAGACGGUGGAGGAGGUGACGGAAAUGGCCUCCGUCAAGCGCUACCUGGACGGCACGGGCUGCAUCGCCGGCGUGCUGGUGCCCUCCAAGGCCGACCCCGCCAAGAUGGAGAAGAUGAGCAUCUACCAGGCCAUGUGGAAGGGCAUCCUGAGGCAGGGCACGGCCCUGGUGCUGCUGGAGGCGCAGGCUGCCACCGGCUUCGUCGUCGACCCGCUCGCCAACAAGAAGCUCUCCGUGGACGAGGCCGUCUCGUCCGGGCUGGUGGGCAGCGAGCUGCACGAGAAGCUCCUGUCGGCCGAGAGGGCCGUGACGGGCUACACCGACCCCUACACCGGUGACCAGAUCUCCCUCUUCCAGGCCAUGAAGAAGGAGCUCAUCGUCAAGGAGCACGGCAUCCGCCUGCUCGAGGCCCAGAUCGCCACCGGCGGCAUCAUCGACCCCGUGCACAGCCACCGCCUCCCCGUGGAGGUGGCCUACCGGCGCGGCUACUUUGACCAGGAGAUGAACCAGAUCCUCUCCGACCCCACCGACGACACCAAGGGCUUCUUUGACCCCAACACCCACGAGAACCUCACCUACAUGCAGCUCCUCCGCCGCUGCGUGCCCGACCCGGACACGGGGCUGCUCAUGCUCCAGCUGAUGGACAAGGGCUCCGUGCUCUACCAGCUGACCGAGGACGCCCGGAAAGCCCUGCAGGCCGCCCGCACCACCGUCAGCGUGGGGCUCUUCCAGGGCCAGAGCGUCACAGUCUGGGAGCUCCUCUUCUCCCGCUACGUCCCCGACCACCGGCGCCAGGACCUCCUCCGGAAGUACAAGGCGGGGACGGUCACCAUCUCGGAGAUGAUCACGCUCCUCACCACCAUCGUCACCGGGGCUGAGGGCCAGGGCCACGGCGCUGCCCUGGCCCGCAAGCCGACGCAGCGGGAGGCCCCGCCGCCGGCGGCCGAGAAUGGCGAGGCCGCGGACUCCCGGCGGGAGCGGGAGCGGGAGCGGGAGCGGGAGCUGGAGCUGGAGCGGUCCCUGAAGUCCCGCACCGUUGAGGUCUCGGCGGGCGGCUUCCACGGCAGGAAGGUCUCCCUGUGGGAGCUCCUCUUCUCCAAGUACGUCUCCGAGGCAAAGAGGCAGGAGCUGCUGGGCAAGGUCCGGGCCGGGAGCCUGGCGCUGGACGAGCUGGCAAGGCUCCUCACCGUCCUCAUCGAGGAGGUGGUGGAGCGGAGCAGCAACGUGAAAUUCACGGGCCUCAGGAGGCAGGUGACCGCCUCGGACCUGGCGGACUCGGGCAUCAUCGACAAGGACACGCUGGCCGACCUCGUCCAGGGCUCCAAGACGGUGGAGGAGGUGACGGAAAUGGCCUCCGUCAAGCGCUACCUGGACGGCACGGGCUGCAUCGCCGGCGUGCUGGUGCCCUCCAAGGCCGACCCCGCCAAGAUGGAGAAGAUGAGCAUCUACCAGGCCAUGUGGAAGGGCAUCCUGAGGCAGGGCACGGCCCUGGUGCUGCUGGAGGCGCAGGCUGCCACCGGCUUCGUCGUCGACCCGCUCGCCAACAAGAAGCUCUCCGUGGACGAGGCCGUCUCGUCCGGGCUGGUGGGCAGCGAGCUGCACGAGAAGCUCCUGUCGGCCGAGAGGGCCGUGACGGGCUACACCGACCCCUACACCGGUGACCAGAUCUCCCUCUUCCAGGCCAUGAAGAAGGAGCUCAUCGUCAAGGAGCACGGCAUCCGCCUGCUCGAGGCCCAGAUCGCCACCGGCGGCAUCAUCGACCCCGUGCACAGCCACCGCCUCCCCGUGGAGGUGGCCUACCGGCGCGGCUACUUUGACCAGGAGAUGAACCAGAUCCUCUCCGACCCCACCGACGACACCAAGGGCUUCUUUGACCCCAACACCCACGAGAACCUCACCUACAUGCAGCUCCUCCGCCGCUGCGUGCCCGACCCGGACACGGGGCUGCUCAUGCUCCAGCUGAUGGACAAGGGCUCCGUGCUCUACCAGCUGACCGAGGACGCCCGGAAAGCCCUGCAGGCCGCCCGCACCACCGUCAGCGUGGGGCUCUUCCAGGGCCAGAGCGUCACAGUCUGGGAGCUCCUCUUCUCCCGCUACGUCCCCGACCACCGGCGCCAGGACCUCCUCCGGAAGUACAAGGCGGGGACGGUCACCAUCUCGGAGAUGAUCACGCUCCUCACCACCAUCGUCACCGGGGCUGAGGGCCAGGGCCACGGCGCUGCCCUGGCCCGCAAGCCGACGCAGCGGGAGGCCCCGCCGCCGGCGGCCGAGAAUGGCGAGCGGGAGCUGGAGCUGGAGCGGUCCCUGAAGUCCCGCACCGUUGAGGUCUCGGCGGGCGGCUUCCACGGCAGGAAGGUCUCCCUGUGGGAGCUCCUCUUCUCCAAGUACGUCUCCGAGGCAAAGAGGCAGGAGCUGCUGGGCAAGGUCCGGGCCGGGAGCCUGGCGCUGGACGAGCUGGCAAGGCUCCUCACCGUCCUCAUCGAGGAGGUGGUGGAGCGGAGCAGCAACGUGAAAUUCACGGGCCUCAGGAGGCAGGUGACCGCCUCGGACCUGGCGGACUCGGGCAUCAUCGACAAGGACACGCUGGCCGACCUCGUCCAGGGCUCCAAGACGGUGGAGGAGGUGACGGAAAUGGCCUCCGUCAAGCGCUACCUGGACGGCACGGGCUGCAUCGCCGGCGUGCUGGUGCCCUCCAAGGCCGACCCCGCCAAGAUGGAGAAGAUGAGCAUCUACCAGGCCAUGUGGAAGGGCAUCCUGAGGCAGGGCACGGCCCUGGUGCUGCUGGAGGCGCAGGCUGCCACCGGCUUCGUCGUCGACCCGCUCGCCAACAAGAAGCUCUCCGUGGACGAGGCCGUCUCGUCCGGGCUGGUGGGCAGCGAGCUGCACGAGAAGCUCCUGUCGGCCGAGAGGGCCGUGACGGGCUACACCGACCCCUACACCGGCGACCAGAUCUCCCUCUUCCAGGCCAUGAAGAAGGAGCUCAUCGUCAAGGAGCACGGCAUCCGCCUGCUCGAGGCCCAGAUCGCCACCGGCGGCAUCAUCGACCCCGUGCACAGCCACCGCCUCCCCGUGGAGGUGGCCUACCGGCGCGGCUACUUUGACCAGGAGAUGAACCAGAUCCUCUCCGACCCCACCGACGACACCAAGGGCUUCUUUGACCCCAACACCCACGAGAACCUCACCUACAUGCAGCUCCUCCGCCGCUGCGUGCCCGACCCGGACACGGGGCUGCUCAUGCUCCAGCUGAUGGACAAGGGCUCCGUGCUCUACCAGCUGACCGAGGACGCCCGGAAAGCCCUGCAGGCCGCCCGCACCACCGUCAGCGUGGGGCUCUUCCAGGGCCAGAGCGUCACAGUCUGGGAGCUCCUCUUCUCCCGCUACGUCCCCGACCACCGGCGCCAGGACCUCCUCCGGAAGUACAAGGCGGGGACGGUCACCAUCUCGGAGAUGAUCACGCUCCUCACCACCAUCGUCACCGGGGCUGAGGGCCAGGGCCACGGCGCUGCCCUGGCCCGCAAGCCGACGCAGCGGGAGGCCCCGCCGCCGGCGGCCGAGAAUGGCGAGGCCGCGGACUCCCGGCGGGAGCGGGAGCGGGAGAAGGUCUCCCUGUGGGAGCUCCUCUUCUCCAAGUACGUCUCCGAGGCAAAGAGGCAGGAGCUGCUGGGCAAGGUCCGGGCCGGGAGCCUGGCGCUGGACGAGCUGGCAAGGCUCCUCACCGUCCUCAUCGAGGAGGUGGUGGAGCGGAGCAGCAACGUGAAAUUCACGGGCCUCAGGAGGCAGGUGACCGCCUCGGACCUGGCGGACUCGGGCAUCAUCGACAAGGACACGCUGGCCGACCUCGUCCAGGGCUCCAAGACGGUGGAGGAGGUGACGGAAAUGGCCUCCGUCAAGCGCUACCUGGACGGCACGGGCUGCAUCGCCGGCGUGCUGGUGCCCUCCAAGGCCGACCCCGCCAAGAUGGAGAAGAUGAGCAUCUACCAGGCCAUGUGGAAGGGCAUCCUGAGGCAGGGCACGGCCCUGGUGCUGCUGGAGGCGCAGGCUGCCACCGGCUUCGUCGUCGACCCGCUCGCCAACAAGAAGCUCUCCGUGGACGAGGCCGUCUCGUCCGGGCUGGUGGGCAGCGAGCUGCACGAGAAGCUCCUGUCGGCCGAGAGGGCCGUGACGGGCUACACCGACCCCUACACCGGCGACCAGAUCUCCCUCUUCCAGGCCAUGAAGAAGGAGCUCAUCGUCAAGGAGCACGGCAUCCGCCUGCUCGAGGCCCAGAUCGCCACCGGCGGCAUCAUCGACCCCGUGCACAGCCACCGCCUCCCCGUGGAGGUGGCCUACCGGCGCGGCUACUUUGACCAGGAGAUGAACCAGAUCCUCUCCGACCCCACCGACGACACCAAGGGCUUCUUUGACCCCAACACCCACGAGAACCUCACCUACAUGCAGCUCCUCCGCCGCUGCGUGCCCGACCCGGACACGGGGCUGCUCAUGCUCCAGCUGAUGGACAAGGGCUCCGUGCUCUACCAGCUGACCGAGGACGCCCGGAAAGCCCUGCAGGCCGCCCGCACCACCGUCAGCAUGGGGCUCUUCCAGGGCCAGAGCGUCACAGUCUGGGAGCUCCUCUUCUCCCGCUACGUCCCCGACCACCGGCGCCAGGACCUCCUCCGGAAGUACAAGGCGGGGACGGUCACCAUCUCGGAGAUGAUCACGCUCCUCACCACCAUCGUCACCGGGGCUGAGGGCCAGGGCCACGGCGCUGCCCUGGCCCGCAAGCCGACGCAGCGGGAGGCCCCGCCGCCGGCGGCCGAGAAUGGCGAGGCCGCGGACUCCCGGCGGGAGCGGGAGCGGGAGCGGGAGCUGGAGCUGGAGCGGUCCCUGAAGUCCCGCACCGUUGAGGUCUCGGCGGGCGGCUUCCACGGCAGGAAGGUCUCCCUGUGGGAGCUCCUCUUCUCCAAGUACGUCUCCGAGGCAAAGAGGCAGGAGCUGCUGGGCAAGGUCCGGGCCGGGAGCCUGGCACUGGACGAGCUGGCAAGGCUCCUCACCGUCCUCAUCGAGGAGGUGGUGGAGCGGAGCAGCAACGUGAAAUUCACGGGCCUCAGGAGGCAGGUGACCGCCUCGGACCUGGCGGACUCGGGCAUCAUCGACAAGGACACGCUGGCCGACCUCGUCCAGGGCUCCAAGACGGUGGAGGAGGUGACGGAAAUGGCCUCCGUCAAGCGCUACCUGGACGGCACGGGCUGCAUCGCCGGCGUGCUGGUGCCCUCCAAGGCCGACCCCGCCAAGAUGGAGAAGAUGAGCAUCUACCAGGCCAUGUGGAAGGGCAUCCUGAGGCAGGGCACGGCCCUGGUGCUGCUGGAGGCGCAGGCUGCCACCGGCUUCGUCGUCGACCCGCUCGCCAACAAGAAGCUCUCCGUGGACGAGGCCGUCUCGUCCGGGCUGGUGGGCAGCGAGCUGCACGAGAAGCUCCUGUCGGCCGAGAGGGCCGUGACGGGCUACACCGACCCCUACACCGGCGACCAGAUCUCCCUCUUCCAGGCCAUGAAGAAGGAGCUCAUCGUCAAGGAGCACGGCAUCCGCCUGCUCGAGGCCCAGAUCGCCACCGGCGGCAUCAUCGACCCCGUGCACAGCCACCGCCUCCCCGUGGAGGUGGCCUACCGGCGCGGCUACUUUGACCAGGAGAUGAACCAGAUCCUCUCCGACCCCACCGACGACACCAAGGGCUUCUUUGACCCCAACACCCACGAGAACCUCACCUACAUGCAGCUCCUCCGCCGCUGCGUGCCCGACCCGGACACGGGGCUUUAUUUCCUCAGCGUUUUUAGAAAAUAGUUAUAAAUCCUUUUUCAUUUUUUUUCUUUAUUCUUUGGUUUGUGAAUAAAUUAGCUAUUAUGAGUCUUUCUUUUGCACCUGGAUUUUUUUUUUGUAUAAAUUGUGUUUUUACAAUUUUUGUUUCUUUCAGACAA